CAGCUGAAUAAGAAUUAACUGUCUACGAAUGAUGAAAGUAAAUUGAUGAAGUAUAAAACUUAGAAAUUAGAUAACAGAAGUAGUCAACUGCAUCUAAAUUCAACUGAUUUAAGGCAUUUACGAGUACCUUUUACCUAUUGGGAAGUGAAAGUGGCCGUGAUAUCGAAUUAGUAUAACUGAAAAUGACCCAUGUAGUACAAACACAAAAACAAGUCAUUCGUUAAUUGGUAAAAGUGCCUAAGGUCCGAUUUUCAUCUUGUAACUAUGAAGGAUUGUUUAAAGUGUUGAUAAUUUAGUAAUGUACCCUAAAAUUAAUUGUGUGUAAUGAAUACCUGCUAGUAAUUACCGAAUUUGGAGCGAGAAAAGAGAAAGAAAAUGUCAUCGAUAAAAAGUGGAGGUCUAACCAAAAAGGAAGGCAAAAUGAGGAUUAGAGCCUUCCCAAUGACUAUGGAUGAAAAGUAUGUAGAAAGUAUAUGGGCUUUAUUAAAGAAUGCUAUACAAGAAAUUCAAAAGAAAAAUAACUCAGGUUUAAGUUUUGAAGAAUUAUAUCGAAAUGCAUACACCAUGGUAUUACACAAACAUGGUGAACGCCUAUAUACAGGAUUAAAGGAAGUUGUGACCCAACAUUUAGAAGUGAAGGUUAGGGAAGAUGUUUUACGAUCUUUACAUAAUAAUUUCCUUAUGACUUUAAAUCAAGCUUGGAAUGAUCAUCAAACCUCCAUGGUUAUGAUUAGAGAUAUACUCAUGUAUAUGGACAGGGUCUAUGUCCAACAAAACGAUGUUGAUAAUGUAUAUAAUUUGGGACUUAUCAUUUUUAGAGAUCAGGUAGUACGUUAUGGCUGUAUAAGAGAUCAUCUUCGAGAGACUUUAUUAGAUAUGGUAAUGCGAGAACGUAGAGGAGAAAAAGUCGAUAGAAUUUCAAUUAAAAAUGCGUGUCAAAUGUUAAUGGUACUUGGAAUCAACUCCCGAGUUGUCUAUGAAGAAGACUUUGAACGGCCUUUUUUGCAACAGUCUGCAGAAUUUUAUAAGGUGGAAAGUCAAAGGUUUUUGGCUGAAAAUAGCGCGUCAGUGUAUAUAAACAAAGUAGAAGCGCGAAUCAAUGAGGAAUCUGAUCGUGCGAAACACUAUUUAGAUAAAUCAACAGAAUCUCGAAUUGUUGAAGUAGUAGAAGAAGAACUGAUUAAAAAACACAUGAAGACUAUCGUAGAGAUGGAAAACUCCGGUGUGGUACACAUGCUGAAGCACCAAAAGACCGAAGAUUUAUGCUGUAUGUACAAACUGUUCGGUCGUGUAACAGAUGGUUUGAAAACAAUGGCAGAUUGCGUCAGUUUGUACCUUAGAGAACAAGGUAAAGCCCUCGUCCAAGAAGAAGAACACCAGCCGGCCACCAAUGCGAUCUCCUUCGUGCAGUCAUUGCUCGAUCUCAAAGACGGCUUCGACCAUUUCCUCCAGAAUUCCUUUAACAAUGAUAAAAUAUUUAAACAGAUGAUAGCGUCAGAUUUUGAACAUUUCCUCAAUUUGAACCCCAAAUCUCCGGAGUAUUUGUCGCUGUUUAUUGAUGAUAAGCUCAAGAAAGGUGUAAAAGGCAUGACCGAACAAGAGAUAGAACAAGUAUUGGAUAAGUCAAUGGUUUUAUUUAGGUUCCUCCAAGAGAAAGAUGUUUUCGAAAGGUAUUACAAGCAGCAUCUUGCCAAACGGUUAUUGUUGAAUAAAUCUGUCAGCGAUGAUUACGAAAAGAAUAUGAUCUCUAAGUUAAAGACGGAGUGUGGUUGCCAAUUUACUUCUAAGUUAGAAGGGAUGUUUAAAGAUAUGACUGUUUCCAAUACGAUUAUGGAUGAAUUUAAAGAACAUGUUACGAAGUCUGAGACAAAUUUAGGUGGAAUCGAUUUAUUAAUGCGAGUGCUGACAACUGGCUUUUGGCCCACUCAAAACGCAACCCCAAAAUGUCAUAUACCAGCUGUACCACUAGCUGCCUUCGAAUGUUUUAGGAGAUUUUAUUUAGCCAAACACAGCGGCCGGCAACUUACGUUGCAGCCUCAACUUGGGAGUGCCGACCUGAACGCUAUUUUCUACGGCCCGAAAAAGGACGAUAGCGACAAGGAUGGCGCUUGUUCUUCCUCGACUACAACAGUCUCGAUGAGGUCAGGGCCUAGGAAACACAUCAUACAAGUGUCUACUUAUCAGAUGGUAGUGUUGAUGUUGUUUAAUAAUCACGAUAAGUUGACGUAUGAAGAGAUCCUUAAUGAGUCUGAUAUACCGGAAAGGGACCUAAUUAGGGCGUUACAGUCACUAGCAAUGGGCAAAGCAACGCAAAGAGUUCUAAUAAAAAAUCCGAGGAAUAAAGAAAUAGAAUCCAAUCAUGAAUUCUACGUUAACGAAUCGUUUAGUUCCAAACUUCACCGAGUGAAGAUUCAAACCGUAGCUGCAAAGGGAGAGAACGAACCCGAAAGACGGGAAACUAGGAACAAGGUCGAUGAAGAUAGAAAACACGAAAUUGAGGCAGCUAUCGUACGGAUAAUGAAAUCGCGUAAACGCAUGGCGCACAACAUCCUCGUCACGGAAGUGACGGAACAACUCAAGAGCCGUUUCCUUCCUUCGCCCGUCAUAAUAAAGAAAAGGAUAGAAGGUCUGAUAGAGAGAGAGUAUCUGGCGCGCACGCCCGAAGACAGAAAAGUGUACACGUACGUGGCAUGAACUUUAACAAGGAUCAUUAUGAGACUUUGGAUAGUGGUCCAGUGAUCUUCAAUAGAUGAAUAUUUACAUAAAUGUAAUUAUUAAUUAUUAAAUUAUUCCAACAGGUUCUUUUUGUCUAAUUUCUUCAAGUUGUUGAAGAAAAAUAAUGUAUUUGUGGAAAGAUAACUUCCGGACCAUAUUAACAAUUUCAAUUUAUUUAUAAUAAUUUUGUGAUAGAUACAUUGACAAGAUAAUUGUAGAUUUUCGUUUUGCAAUAAAAAAUAUAGAGUGUGUUUGGUGAUAUAUUAAAUCUCGAUUCGGACUUUUCGGAAACGUAAUAAAAAAACCAGUUGUGUUAGCAAUAUUGUUGUUCUUCGUUGAUUAUUAUGAUGUACGAUCGAGAUUUUUAAUCAUGACAAUCACAAGGCUAUAUUUUUACUCUUUAGUUUGUACAGUUAGUCCAAAUUGUUGAGAUAGUCAAAUAUGAGAUGGCUAAAUCUAAUAUUUGACUUUUAUUAUAUGACUAGUAUUCUGAAAGCAAUUUAUUUAUUUGUUUUAGACUUCUUUAACAUUUGAUAUUUCUACAGUCAUCUAAAUUAUUAAUUUUUCUUUCAUCUUAAUUUCUUAUACUUUUUCGAACACACUUUCUUUCAAUUUUAUUAGGGGACUUCAAUAAUUUUUCCAAUAAUCACCAAAAGUAUUAUAUUAUGUUUGUCGCCCAAUGACAGGCGUUUGAGUAUAUUUUUGACCUCAUAGACUAAGGUAGGUUAGAUUUCACCAGACUUUCGAACUGAAUAGAAUUUUUCGGGUUGCAAUGAGUUUUUGAAACCAAACUAUUUGGGUCUAAAAAGGUUCUCAAACUGUUUUCUUGUGAUAAAUCCAAGUUAAAUAGUAUGUUUAUAUGAGAUUAAGCCACAAUUUAUUGUAAUGAAAAUUACAUUUUAUAAUUGAAGCGUUUAUUUAAAAAAAUCACUUGCCCAAAAAUUAAAAUUUUCAAAAAUCCCUUGCCCAAAAAUCAAGAAAAACUGACCAGCUUCAAUUUACUUCAAAUCUUACUUUUACUAAGAUAUUUAUUGGAAGAAAUGUGGAUAUCAAAAUAAUUGUACAAGUUGAUUUUAUUUUUUUAUUGAUAUUUUAAACAAAACCCGGUAGAAACUUAUCAAAAUAUAUUGGAAAAUGACCGUAUUAUAUAAAAUCUUCGUAGAAAUAACAAAAAAUUCUAUGAUGUGUAUUCGUCACUACUGGCCUACACCGUUCACACGGCGAUAAUUGAGAUUUAGAGUGGUGGGGGCUCACUGGGCUCAGCUCAUUGUCCUCAGUCUACUUUCGGAGACAACUGAAUUUUGGGCCAAUUGUGAGGGCAGUUGGCAAGGCAAUUGGCCUGAAGUGUUUAGACGAAGACAAUAAUUUCAUACCAGUAAGUUGUGUUCUGACAACUGUCUCGCCAAUUGACAUCGUGUAAACGCGGCUUUAGGGUAUACUGUUUGGGCAACGACCUCUUUGUGUGGACAUGAAUUGCUGUAUGUCAGGAAACCUUUUUUAACUUUGGAAAUAAAAAAGUCGCUGGGUAACAAAUCUCCCUAAUACGAUAGACGUGAUAAUAAUUCAAUACUUCUAUUAACCAUCGAAACUGUGCCAGUGUACAGGGUUGUUCGUUCAAAUGUGGUAAUAACGAUGUAUAAUACAUUUCCAGUUGUUUUUUUAUUUUUUUAAAUAAUAAAUGUAAAUUUAUCCUAAAAUCCCGUAGCCAAAUCCUUGCCAACAUAUUCCACAUUCUUCGGCACCAGUUCGCGUUCAAAAAAUCCACUGCUUUGAUCAUUUCAUUGUCUCAGAAGUUUAGUAUUGUAAUUACCAUUUUUAUUGGGAAUAAGCC